GAACAAUGUAACUCUUGAACAAACCAUUGAAGCAGCAAGGCAAAUAGAAGAAAAUAAUAAUGCAUAUCCUGAAGCUCUUUCAAAAUUUUAUUCUUCCAAUAUAAAUUCUGCUUCUAAACCUAUGCAACAACCAGUAAAUCAAUCAACAAACCCACUUAUCCAACCUGCACAGCCAGAAAACCAUUCAACUUUCAUUGCAAUUAAUCAAAAUAUUGGUCCAAACCAACCACAACAAAAUGUAUUUCCAAAUAAGUAUUUAAAUUCAAAAGAAGAUUCAGAAGAAAAUGAAAGUGAUGAGGAGGAUUAUAAUGAAGAUAAAGAAGAGAAAAUUGAGAAGAACCUACUUGGAAUUAGUCUUGUUGUUUUAGAGAAAGGAAGUCCUGAUCAACACUACUACAAAAUAACUUCAAAGGAAAUUCAAAUUGAUUCUGAAACCUUUUCUUUUCAAGGUGGAUUAGAGGAAUUAGAAACAAAUAAAAACAAAUUCCAUAUCCAAGAUAUUCUUAGCAAAUACCUACAAAUUGUUACAAAAGAUAUUGAUAAAUUAGGACAAACUGAACCAUUCAUAUUUUGUGUUGAGGUCCAGUAA